UCCCCCUUUGAUGUAACUCUUGUUUGUGUCGACUUUUGAGACAGAUCUAUCGAGCUGUCAGAGAAAUAAUGACGAGUUUACCCCCACUCCCUCCUAAACUUAAAGCUUUGCAGCAUUAUCUAAAGACAGCCAUAGAACAUGACAAACGGGAUCCAGUCGUGGCAUACUAUUGUCGGUUGUAUGCAAUGCAGAAGGGUAUGGAAAUAGACAGAAACUCUCCUGAAUGUCGAACAUUUCUGGUGACAUUGAUGGACUACAUGGAACAGAUGAAGACAACAUCACAAGAUGAGGCCAUCACCAAUGAGGUGAUUGGGCAAGCUCAUGUGGAGGACUAUGCCCUCAAAGUGUUUUUGUUUGCUGAUAACGAGGACAGAGCAGGCAGAUUUAACAAGAAUGUUGUGAAAUCUUUCUACUCCUCUGGUAUGCUGUUUGAUGUUUUAAGUGUGUUUGGAGAACCUAGUGAAGAUAUUGAAAAUAAUAAAAAGUAUGCUAAGUGGAAGGCAGCCUACAUACAUAGGUGUCUGAAGAACGGAGAAACACCUGUCGCUGGUCCAUUGAAGGAGGAAGGGGAUGAAGAGGAGGAUGGUGCUAUUGGAGGUGUCCCUGCACCCUCGUCUACAUCCCAGUCAGGACCUUCAAACUAUUCGACACAGCCAGACCCUGCACCAGGAUACCCCCCACCCCAGCAGCCUCCAUACCCCCCACCCCAGCAACCUGGUCCUCCACCCCAACAGCCUAGCAACUACAGCCCCUCCCACGGAAACCUCAAUCUUCCUUCACCAGGAGGUAGUCAGUACCCUCCUGGUGCCCAUGCUCCUCCUCCGACACCCCAACAGCCUCAGCAGCCAGCAGGAGGAGCAGCAUCCUGGACUCCACCACCAAACACUGCAGGAGUACAGCUGACUGCAGACCAAUACCAAAAAGCCCUGAAGCUUUGUAAAUAUGCAAGUAGUGCCCUUCAGUACGAAGAUUCUCCUACAGCCAUAGAUAACCUUACGAAAGCUCUCAAACUAUUGUCUACAGGGAAGGACAGCUAGUGACAAAUCUUCAGCAUUAUGCCUUCCAGAUUAAUGUGAUAUCAGUGCUUUUUACCUUGAAGUCUAUGUGACACAGAGAAUAUGAACAUAGUGACAUUUACUAUUAUAGCUAUCUAAUCUAGACUUUUCUUAACUCUCAUAUGUCAAGGAAGUUUUAUAUUAAAUGGCAUUGGAACAAUAAUUCAUUUCAGGUGUUGAUGUUCAAGUCUGACACCUAAUUUUAGAAAGUUGAUGUGUGUUAAAUCUACAAUCACUUAGUCUCUUUCUACUGUCUUAGAAUGUAUAUAUACUGUAUAGCAUAAAACAUUUUGAGUUCUUUAUUACUUGAAAGCAUUCAUAAAUAUUCAUGCUCUGUCAGUAAAAUUGAAACUAGUCUCUUAAAUUUUUUCAUUCAUUCACUUAGAUAUUUGCAGUCAAUUUUAACCUCAGAAACGCAAACGUAAAUAUUAACCUAAAAUGUUUUAUGUUAUACAGAGUGAAAUGUUGAUAUAUAUAGUUAUAUCUUUGUUAGAUGAAUACAAUGCUUCAAUCAAAGCUUUUGUUAUUGUCUUUAUUGUACUAAUGAAUAACCUAUAUACCAGUUAACAACUGUAUGUCUAACCACCAAGUCAUGAUCAGCAAUCUUGAUUUACAAAUAUACAGGUUUAUUAAAUUUUUCUUAUAAAAUUUAUUGACUUAGUUGAAAUUCUACUGUGAACCAAGAAUUAUUGAAAAUUGAAUUUAAGCCAUUAACUUAUUACAUGUUGGUUAAGUCGUCAUCAAUGGACUGUUAAAAGUCGUCAUCAAGGGACGGUUAAAAGUCGUCAUCAAGGGAUGGUUAAAAGUCGUCAUCAAGAGACCUAUUUAAUUGUUAGAGGGCCCUGAUCAAAAACUCCUGGAAACAACCUAGAUCUGCCAUUGUCUACAUCUAGCUCGUACAAUGGAACUGCAUUUUCCAGAUACAUAUUUCAUUUCUGUGUGACCAUUACCAUAAUUUUAGUGUAUACAUGCAUACCUAAAUCAGAGACGUAUAUAUGAUGUAACGUCUCUCCCUAAAUGUAUCUAUGAUAGCAAGCCACAAUUUAGUUUGUAUACAUGUAUAUAAGGGAUUAAAUUCUCAAAGUCAAACUUUCCUUGUAAUGGGAGACCCGUCCUGUCUGCGACCUCUAUGACACAUCCUUUCCUGUGAAUUAAUUGACUUUUACCAUUGCUUGAUAAGAAUGUUAAUCAGUUGAGUGAUAACCUCAACAUUGAUUUUGCUGCCUUGAACGUUCCUUAUCUUAGUCAUUGAUCACUAUCAUAUAACCUUGUUUCAUCACGUUUUGUACAUCGUGGUUAGAAUUAAGUCAUGUUUAUUUGUCCAUAUUUCUAAUUAUUAUUUAUUUUGAUUAUAUUGUAUGCAUUGUAUUA